ACGUGUCCGUGAUAGAGAUUAGUAAGAGGUGAUUGGAGGAUUGGUGGAAGUAGGGAAACGACAAAAAACAGAGACGUGCAAAAUGAAAGCUCGCAAUAGGGGAUCAGAAAAUUUGGUUGUGGGAGUUCAUAUUGUUUUUUUUUUUACCCUAGGUAGGACAUUAAGCAGUAUAAUAGCAAGAGCUUGGUGGCGCAACCCACUGCCCUGUUCCAAAGGGGUCGCUCAUAACAUCCAUUCAGCCAUCCAUCCGGCAGCCGCAACCGGUCUAGAGGGCGCUCCCGCUCCAGUGGGCGCUCUCGCUCGAGGGUCAGGAUCCAGGAGACCACCUGGGCCGAUCGAGUCGAGCGGAAGCCUCCAAAGGUGACGAAGGGUUCGUCGUCAGAGUAGAGCAAUCCUAUUGAAACGUGAACUCGUUUAUCUAUUACGGAUGCGUGUAAAGCUUGCGGACAGAGAGCAACGCUGUGACACAUGCUCUGGGAAUGUGCCGGCAACAACGGCAAUGAAACCACCUCCGUUCGCGACGCGUCCGUAAUCACGGCCGUUGCUGCAGAGUAGGGGAAGCCUCGAGCUCGCUUCUUUCCGACGCCGCUAUGGCUGCGGGAGCCGCCGGGGACCUUCUCCAUCGGCAUCGCCGCCCCUGGGAGGCGGCUCUCAAAAGUUCAGAGAUGGCAGACCAGCUCUGGGCCGUCUGGCAAGCCGAAGAUGCCGUCCGAGUCCAGGGACUUCGAGCCGCCACCUGAGGCCUCCACAACAAGAAACUGCCGGACCAUUCAUUAAUAAAGUUUAUUCUUCUUGGUACGGCGCAUUCCCGCUUUUUUGAGGCCUAACUUUCCGUCCUUCAACCCCCCCCUUCCUCUCCCCCACGCGAGCCUGAUCAGUGCUCCGAUAGUUAUAUCCUGCUGUGUCGAAUUGGCUGCUCUCGUAGGCACGGGGGAACGCGGUGGGGUCACUAUCGUCCCUUUUGGAUGGACGGACGGAUGGAUGGAUGGAUGGAUAGAUGGAUGGAUGGAUGGAUGGAUGGAUGGACGGAUGGAUGGAUGGAUGGAUGGAUGGAUGGAUGGAUGGAUGGAUGGAUGGAUGGAUGGAUGGAUGGAUGCUAUGGUCGUCCCCUUUGGGACGGGUCGAUGGGUUGCGCCACCAAGCUCUUGCUAUUAUUCUCCCUAAUGUUCUACCUAGGUUAAAAAGAAAAAAAACACUAUGAUGAACUCCCACAAUCAAAUUUUCUGACCCCCUAUUGCGAACGUUGCUUUUGUACGUCCCCGUUCUUUUUUUUUCGUUUCAGUACUUUUCUUCCACCAAUCUUCCAAUCGCCUCUUACUAAUUUAUAUUUGGGACAUGUUUACUUUUCCACUGCUCUCGCCUAACCAAAGUUCUUCAAGGAGGCCAGUGGUGCCUAAAUCGACCGCUGGGCAGACGUCUUCACGUUCUAAUAAAACAUGCUCUAUCGUUUCCCUAGCUUUACUGCAGCAAGCACAUGCUUCUUCUUCCUUUUAUAUCUCGCUUUAUAGGUGCGUGUUCUAAGGCAUCUCGAUCUCCCUUCGAAAAGUAAUGAGCUUUCCUUUGAGUUAUCAUAAGUUGUUUCUCUCCUGAUUUCGUUUUUUCCUCUUAAGUAGUUACUCAUAGCAGGUUUCUUUUCCAUUGCCGCCACCCAUGAGAAUAUUUCAGCCUCUCUGACUUUCCGCUUGACGUUCUUUGUUGCUGUGUUGCCCACCCUACAGGCCGCAUACUUGCUGGUAAGCUUCCUAGUGCUUUUCCUCUACUGUCUUGUCUCCCUCCGUCGCUGCCCCCCCCCCCCCCCCCCCCCCCAGAGAACGCGGUCGAGCAAGGUCCUGCGGGGGAGAGUGUAUCGUUAACGCCGUUUUCUUAUUUCACCCUUUUCUUGUACCCUUUCCUUCUAUGCAUAGUUAGCGCAGCGACUGGGUGGCGUGGAUGGCGUGAGUGCUUGCAGUCUUAUCCGUUCUUGUCAGUGCACUGAUAUCGUGAAAAAUGCUCGCUUGCGGUCAGCAUUCCUACUGAGAAACCUAGAUUUUGAAACACGCAGCAAGGUGGCCCCGGAUUUUCGCGAGUGCUAGAAAUUAUUAUACGCGAAACAACAAACAGAAAAAAGUCGGCGCUGGUGGCCACCGUCUUCGAUGUGGGAUGAAUUGGGAUGCACAGAACCGUGAGUCUUACAAUGGACGCCAUGCUGCAGAUCAAGGAACAGGUCGUGAACGCUCCGAGCACGCACGUGCGCACCCUACUCGGGCUAGACCUCAAGAGCGCCUUCGACACUGUGAAGCACAUGGCCAUACUGGAAAGAUCAGCCGACUCGAUCUCGGGGCGAGGUUCCACCGAUAUGUCAACAGCUUCCUGAAUGGGCGCGAGGCGACAGUCAAGAUCGACGGGGCCCCACCACGAACGGUCCGAAUGGGUGGUGCGGGAACGCCGCAGGGCUCCGUACUCUCCCCCAUGCUUUUCAACCUCGUCAUGAUCGGCCUGCCGGAACGUCUUGACGCGAUAGAGGGCAUCAAUCAUACCAUAUACGCAGAUGACGUGACGGUGUGGACCACGGAGAACACGAGCGUCGGCGAAAUGCAAGACCGACUGCAGCGGGCCGUCCGGGAGGUGGAGCGGCACCUCGAAGACACGGGACUCGUCUGCUCACCCGACAAGUCGGAGAUCCUGCUCCACAGGCCGCGCAAGAAAGGACCCCUUCCGCAGGCCGUGAUAGACGCUCGUCGUUUGGGCGUCCGCGUCACGACGAGGGAGGGGACCCGAAUACCGACGGUGUCCAAGUUGCGAGUGCUCGGCCUGUGGCUGGAAGAGAACGGUGCCAACCGCGAGCUGGUUGCCCGACUGCAGAAGAAAAUGGCCGCCGCCACACACUUCGUGCGGCGGGUCGCGAACAAGAAGAAAGGAAUGAAGGAACACAACGUUACGAGGCUGAUACAGGCGUACGCGCUGAGCCACAUAGCGUACGUCGCCGCAUACGCCGACUGGAACAGGAGCGAAACCGACAAGCUGAACGUGGUGAUCCGCAGGGCGUUCAAGACCGCCCUGGGAGUACCCCAGUACACGCCAACCCAUAGGCUCCUCGAGUUGGGCGUACACAACACGCUCGAGGAGAUCGCCGAGGCGCAGAGAAUCGCGCAGCUGGAGAGGCUGUCCAGCACCGUAACGGGAAGACGAAUCCUGGACUUACUCGGGUUUCGAUAUCACGAGACGCGUGGACUGAAAGAAUCACUGCUGCCGGAAGUCAGGGACGCCAUACAGACGGAAAACAUGCCGAAGAAUAUGCACCCGGUGCAUGACGUGCAAAGACGUAUACGCAGGGCGGUAGCAAUCCUCGAGAAGCAUGGAAGACAAGAAGGCGUCCUCUUCGUCGAUGCAGCCAGGUACCCGCGGCCAGUCGGUGACUCUGCUGGCGACGAGGAACGUCGACCACCACCACCGCUACAAGGGAAUGUGCGAGGCGAGCCGCAGUUACCAGCACCACCACCACUACAGCUACUACGACAACAACGGCAGCAGCAACAACGGCAACAUCGACACGGCCGGCCGACGGCGGCGGCGCCCGCCUUCUCCAUGGCAGUCGUAGAUACAAAGGGAACGAUCCGAGUCACGGCAUCAGCGAGGCUGCCAUCGGCCGAAGCAGCGGAAGAGAUGGCCAUAGCCCUCGCGGUACUCCACGGAGGUGCGGAGGAUAACCUGAUUAUCAGCGACUCCAAAUCAGCGAUUCGGAAUUACAUCAAAGGUUGGGUGUCCGUGGAUGUGGCGCGCAUGCUCAACGCCCGGGCCGGGGACUUCGGAUCCGGCACCAUUACAAACAAGUCCCUCAAGUGGUUCCCCGCGCACGUCGGGGAGCUUGGCAGUAACAGCAACAAUGACACCAACAUUGCUAACGGCCGAAGACGCAACGACACUCCACCCAACCACAACGAGCGCGCCCACCUCGUAGCGAGGCAACUUACCCGCCGCGACACGGUCACCCAGAGGGCAGCCGCUGCCGUUGUUGUGCGGGACCCCAGCGGAGGAGUGACGGCGACGGCGGCUGCCACUCCGUCUGACGCGGCCGCUGUCGUUACCAAUACAACAGAAAUCGCGGCGGACGGAGCUGGGGAUCACGCGGACGCCGACUGCGAUGUCAAGGAGUUUCCGGCAACGUACAGAUAGGUGACUGGUCACUACAGGAAAGAAAGAAGAAAAUAUCCACAACCCCACGGGCGUCUAGACAGGUUCCAGGCGGUCGACCUAAGACGGUUGCAGACGAGCACUUUCACCAACCCCUACCACCUGCACCGCCUGUGGCCCGCGCUGCACCUGUCGCCCGGCUGCCCGUGGUGCGAGCACGAACGGGCCGAUAUGGCCCAUGUGCUUUGGGAAUGCCAACGCCACGUGGAACAAGGACAACGAGGAAGGGGGAAUAGAACAGCGGAACCCUCUGAAGCGGGGCGCCUCGCUGAGAGAUGGCAAGCCGCCCUCCUCAGCGAGGCACCCGAAGACCAGGAGUGGGCCGUCCAGCGGGCCAGGGCCGUUGCCGAGGAUCUCGAAAGAUCUUCCUCGGGCGAUGGACCCCUGGCAGCCUAGCCCCGGGCACCAACAUCAACAACCGUUGGACAAAUAAAGUUUAUUCCUAUCCUA